CGACAGCGUAAAUGCAUGGGCAGCUUUAGUUAAAUCAGCGUGUUCAAGUGAAUCGUUCAGAAUGAACUGUCCAACACCUGCUAUGGAUUAAGCACAAAACGGCUGGGAAAAGAAGAUGUCUGGAAAUGACAACAGCAAGGCAAAUGCUGGAUUUGAUGGUCCUCGGCCUGGUGGUGGUCAAGGUGGAACCUCAGACAGCUCCAGUCAUGGAGAGCAACAAAAAACAGACUGGCCAAAGAAAGUAGGUAAAAUGUAUGAAGAGUAUCUUGUUAGCUGUCCAGGGAGUCAUGAGACAAUUGGGAAUUUUGGAAGCACAAGUCCCUCAGAAUCAUGGAAUCCUUUGAUGAGUGAAAGUGGAACUUCAUUGAGUGAAACAGAAGAAGAAGAAAGCAUCUACCCUAUAGAACCAUCUGAAAACCGAGAUCAGCAUCUUCGCUGUGUCUUUCACCUCUUUUUGGAGGAAAAAGUCGAAUCAGUAAAGAUUCAAACAGAGAGGCCAAUGCUUAACGGUCAUAUCACGAUGAACCUUGAUUUUCAUCCUGAAGAAAAACACUGGAUCUCCCGCGAACUUUUUAUCCCCCCUGAUCAACAUGAUAAUUUUCAUUAUCGUUAUGUGGUUAAGUACAAGGAAGGAGUCGGCGAACGGAUCUGGAAAAUGGUUACUUUCCAAAGAAAUGAUGAAAAAACUUUAAAAGAGGCAAAAACCCGCAGGUUGAAUAGCGGUAGGGAUCAGUAUGACAUAUUUCGUAAUCCACAUGACAAAAAUCGGAGCACCAUCUUCCGCGGACAAUUUUUUUAUGUCGACUGGCUGUAUCAAAAAUUAAGCAGAGUUGGCAAUCUGAAGGAGAUGCUAAUUGAGUGUGAACAUGUGGGUUUUGGCCAUGCCAGCUAUUCGGAGAAAGAUAUUGGUAUCUUCUUUCAGUGGGUUGCGGAAAGCACUAGUCAAAAUCUGUCUCCCAAUCAUUGUGUGUACUUAUGCAGUCUUCUUGGCCAAUACAUGUAUCGCGUGCGUGCCAUUUCAGCUGAGUAUUUUUGUAGAAUGCUCAAAGAGAAAGCUAUAGACAGGCUUCUAUCAAAGCUAGAGCAUUGCUCUUCCGAAGCGUUACCUAAAAGCAGCGCAAAGUUCAUCAAGACCGUAGCAGAACAUCUCUUUAAAGGUGGAUCCUCAAAGGGAUAUAUAAUUUUUAUGAAAAUUUUCUGCAACCUUCUUGAUUUGGAAUACGUAAUGCAAGUGGCAGACAAGCUUUACCCAAAGUCCUACACUGAUAAUCAAUUCGAUCGGCAGGUACCCAGUCUGCUGGAAUCCCUAAAGCAAGUCAGAGACAUAGACAGUCGCAAAAGAUUUUGUUCUUAUGUGAUAAAGCAUGCCCCAAGUGUUGGAUGCCUUUGGAAUCUUUUUGACGCGAUGUUACAGUGGUGUCCUGACCUGUUAUCCAUCCUCGAGGAAGAAUUUAUCAACGUCUACCUAAAAUUUACCUUACCCCAACGUGCAAGAAAGCCUGAUUUUCUCCAGCCAUGUUUUUGGAGUGCGGCACCUGAGAAAUUGAAAGACAAACUUGCCAGUCCAUUCUGUGAAGUGUUGGUUGAGCAGAUCUCGUCAGGAACCACAUCCACGCAAGAAAGACUGGACAGCCUGAGGAGCAUUGCUCUCGAUCCAAAGUUGCAGUCAGCAGGCACAUUUUGUCGUCUUAUUAUGAAUAUCUCAUCAGGUAAAUCAAAAGAAAUGGUGUCCAUGAUUCUGAUUUUCUUGAAGUCCGGGGCGUUUCUCAACUGCUGGCAUGAAAAAUUUACUCAUGAAGACAAGUUGAAAAUUUCUUGUAACUGGAUAAGAUCACAGUCUAUCGGUAAACCACCCAGCGAACAAAUUAUUGCUGCUGUGGAGGCCAGUGUGACAAUACGUGCAACAGAUGCUAUAAAGACCGACAAGACACUAUGCCGUGCUUUGGAGGAGCGAGUAGAUCAAAUGGUUUUGAAAGAGAAUUUCCAGUCCAUUAAGGAUGCUGUUGCAGAUGCACAGAACCGAUCAACUACGAUCCUGCCACAUCUAGUAGCUCUCCUUAGAAUGGCAAUAAAAAAGCAAAGUGUAGCCGGUGAUCAUCGUUCAAAAUAUAGGCAAAUGAUACACCUUCUGGGCUAUAAUCUUUCCAGAGAAAGAGAGAAGAUUUUACAGAAGGUGACAUUGAAUAGGGCCCAGGAAGAGCUUUUGGUCUCUACUGUGGAACUAAUCCAAAUGCAAGGCGAGGGAGGAAAGCACGUUAACGUAGAAAAGGUGUUGAAAGCGAUGAUUUCCCACAGAGAGCUUUGGGUACCCUUACUGAGCGCAGUUCACCCCAAAAGUACGCUUCCGCAACAUCCUACUGUGUCGAUCGCCAUGAAUGCUUUGCGAUGUUUAACAGAUGAACAGCAGAGACAGGGCCUGCGUGUUGAGUUCCUGGUAACAUUGAAGGACGACGAUAUCGGUCUUCUUGCCGUCUAUUGUGUCUUGGUUACUCACCAAGAUUCAACAAUUGAUCAGAACGAGAAAGAGGAAUGGAAAGCGCUAUUGUUGUCGGAGUGUAAAAGGGCGAAAAUCUUUUGUGAAUGUUUCGCCAAAGUAGAGCAGGCAUUUCGUUUUCUUGAGAAUGUAUGUGACGGAUGUGUCAUGGUUUCAGAUGCAGACUCUAUAAUUAACGAGAUUAACAGCAGGAAGGGAGUAAAAGCUAAUGCCACUCUUAAAGAUGCUCUUGAUGUCAGCUACUGGGGAACACUAGAAGAGUUGAUUGGAUCUUCAGAGACAGCUACAAAGGUUCGAGGAAGUAUCAUUUUUGCCAACGUUGCACAUUUGUGUUUGAAAGAAAACCUGGCAUCUUCUCAAACAGCAUUGGGUGAGUUUGCUGAUUCUUCAGACAUUCCACAAAACGAGGCUGCUGAAGUGCUGCAUCUUCUCGAAAACGAAGGCUUGCACCAAUUUAAAGAGGCAUGUUCCAGUUUUACAGACAGCAAGAAAGAUCCAAAAAUCGUGGAUGUUGAUGUGCUCUUGUCUGGUAUUGAUAACGAAGAGGUUCUCAGUAGAGAGCUACGUGAAAUCAGUUCCAUCUGUGGUACGCCAGUUCCUGAAAGGAAAAAAGAAAUGCUGAAAAACUAUUUAUCUUUUCCUCUCGUCCGUGCAAAAGUACAGCAGCUGAUGUCGAUUUACGCAGCCCUUGGAUUUGAAGAUUCUGAAGAUGAAGCUCCCCAACGGUGA